GCACAGACCACAGACUUUUUAUAUCACACACGUCAGUUCAGUAGCAGUGGACAUAACCCGCGAGUAGUGUAAUAGCGAAAUCAUCGUGAAAAAAGAUGGUGGUGACGGUGGCUUCUGUACGUCAACAACUCACUAAUCUGGCGCAUUCCGGCGGUUCCCACAAAGAUCAGGCCGAAAAAUAUCGUUCAACGUUGGACAUGAUAUUGUUGUCUUCCGGCGAAGAACUAGUCGAUGCCUUGAAGACAUUUAUUGAAGCAAUUGUGAAUGAAAAUGUGAGCUUGGUGAUUUCAAGACAAGUUCUGACUGAUGUCAGCAGUCGUUUAUUAUUUUUACCUGAUGAGAUAUCAAAAGCUGUUUCACAUUACACUCUAGAUAAGGUUCAGCCACGUGUGAUUUCUUUUGAAGAACAGGUAGCUAGUAUAAGGCAACAUUUAGCUGAUAUUUAUGAACGUAAUCAGAAUUGGCGAGAAGCUGCAAACGUUUUAGUUGGUAUACCGUUGGAAACAGGACAAAAGCAAUAUACUAUUGAUUACAAACUCGAGACUUAUCUUAAAAUUGCUAGAUUAUAUUUAGAAGAUGAUGAUCCAGUACAAGCAGAAGCGUUUAUCAACCGAGCAUCACUUUUACAGGCCGAGUCUAAAAAUGAACAAUUACAAAUCUAUUAUAAAGUCUGCUACGCAAGAGUACUAGAUUAUAGAAGAAAGUUUAUAGAAGCAGCUCAGAGAUACAAUGAAUUAUCAUAUAGAUCCAUUAUUCAUGAAGACGAACGUAUGACUGCUCUUAGAAAUGCAUUGAUCUGCACAGUAUUAGCUUCCGCAGGACAACAGAGAAGUCGAAUGUUGGCGACCUUAUUUAAAGACGAACGUUGCCAGCAACUUCCAGCUUAUUCGAUUCUUGAAAAAAUGUAUUUGGAUCGUAUUAUUCGACGUUCGGAACUACAAGAAUUUGAAGCGUUACUACAACCUCACCAGAAAGCAUGCACCAUCGACGGAUUAGGCUCUACUAUACUCGAUCGUGCAGUCAUCGAGCAUAACUUAUUAUCGGCUAGUAAACUAUAUAAUAAUAUUUCGUUCGAAGAAUUGGGCGCAUUGUUGGACAUUCCACCUACUAAAGCGGAAAAAAUUGCUAGUCAAAUGAUUACCGAGGGCAGAAUGAAUGGAUAUAUCGAUCAAAUAGAUUCUAUAGUACAUUUCGAAACACGCGAAACUUUGCCGACAUGGGACAAGCAAAUACAAUCAUUGUGCUACCAAGUGAAUCAAAUAAUCGAAAAAAUAGCUCAAACCGAACCAGAAUGGAUCGCGAAAGUAAUGGAAGAUCAGAUGGUGCAUUAAUAUAGAUUUUGUUUAAAGUGAAGGAAUAUCGUCGUCGCAAAUAAAUCUCAUUUAUAAUAAUUAUUGUAUAACAGAGUCAGAGAGAGAGUCAAAAUAGUAAUCAUUUAUAUUAAUAAUUCAUUCUUGAAAUGCAAAUAUUGUCCGAUGUGCACAUCCUCCUCCCCUUCAUUGUAUUUAUUUUAUCUACAAUGUAACAUUUCGUCGAAUUUUUCAGAAAUAUAUCCACAUUGU